AUGGGCCAGCCCUUGUUCCCUGCCCCGACUUCUCAGUGUCUCUCUCCAGUUAUCAUUUCAGGGAUGGCGCCCUCGCUGUUUCACCCCGCCAAGAGGAACCACAACGCUUUCUUACUGGAGUCACCAUCUUAUCAAUCUUCAGAGGCCUCUCGGUCUCCUCCACCAAAGAAAAAGACUGUGGCCAACGACGUUAACUACAGCUGCCCGUAUCGGAAGCGCAAUCCUGAGGUUUUUAACGUGCGCGAUCACCCGACAUGCGCGACUCGAUCAUUUCCCAGCAUUACGAUGGUCAAACGGCACAUCAUGUCCACGCAUCUCUUGUCGCAGUGCGCCGAGCAGUGUGAAAACUGCCACUCGUGGUUCAGAAAUAAGAAUGCCUUGAUGAUGCAUUCCGGAAACGGAAUGUGUCCUCAUCAUUUCAGCCCAUCGACCCGGAAAUGCGACAUGGGCAUCGACCAAGAAAUGGAGGCCAAGCUCCGAGAUCGCCGGGCCGUCUGCCAAGUCCUCACUUGGCGCGAUCUUUGGAUGACCAUCUUCCCAGGUUGCGGCGAGGUACCGAGUCCAACCUUCAGACCUGUUGUCGAGGGUCCUGAAGCCCUUGAAUUUUUCUUUCGGAGUCUUUCUGGCCUUGAUGGACCAGGAAGACACCGCGCACAGGCAAUGAUUCAUUCGAGUUGCGACUGCGAUGACUUUGGAGAAGCGUUGCGAAGAGUGUACGGUUUCGUGGUCGAUGUGCAGAGAAGAUCGGGCGGGUUCCCUGAUUUUGGCGUUGAGACGUCUACAACUUACAUUGGCGGGUGA